GAAUUUCUCAAAUUGAUUUAAUUCGGGUCGCUUAGUAAGUUGAGUUGCUUCAGCCGCCUUUUUUUUUUUGACCUUUCCCUCCUUUUCCCUUCAAUUUUCCCUCUCAAAAGAAAUCAAAUAAAUCAGCUCAACUAUUCACAUAGUUUUCUUUUGCGUGCCUUUUUCUUUACCCAUUUCCUUCUUCCCAGAAUCAAAGAGAAACCCAGAAAGAGAUAAACAAAGAAAAUGGCAAAUUACUACAACAUCGAUGAUAUUCUUACAGAGGAAGAGUUUGUUCCAGUUGUUUUCCAUAAAUCUGCUAAUGGAGUUAUAAUUGAUCCCAGUUCCGAAACAAACUCCGUUGAACAAGGAGCAAAGGUGGAGUUGCCAUUGUGGCUUGCUCAAGAAUUAUACUUAAGGCAAGCAAUAUCAAUAAGCGUUCCCGCCUGUUUCAAUCAAAAAACAAGACUGGAGAUCCAAGCUGAUGCAGCUUGCGUGGAUCUUAAAUUUCGGUCUCCAUAUUUCUAUGAGUUUGGAUGCAAGAUAGCACCACUGGUUGGGGAUAAAAGUGUUGAAAUCUUGCUCUUAUCAGCAUUUAAGAUCAGGUAUAAGGAGAUCUUGACCAAGGCAUAUACUGCAGCAUACACAGCAACUUCCAAGUUCUUUACCCUUCUAACCAAAGAAGAAACCAAUCUGUAUGAAGCAGCUCAGUCUUCAAUGGUGGCCUUUAAGAAGUGGCGGAUGGGAGGCCCUAGGCUUCAAAGAGCUUCAGUUCUUGGAAGGAAGAGGAAGCUCAUCGAAUAGAUUUUAUUCUAAUCUGAAGAUGCCUCUAAUUGUCAUUUGCAUAACGGUAAAUAUUCACCAUAGUGUAGCUGUGAAUGAAACUGAUGAAAAAUUUUUGUAAACAUGUAUAUGCAUAUGAUAUUCGUUUCAUGACUCCAAAUCAAAGAUCCUUAGACUUCUCUGCUUUUCUUUGUCAGCUAAUUUUCAGUCUACUAAAUGUUUCUUUGACCCUUCUAUUGACAAGAGUCAAGAAAUACAUUGUUUCAGUGACUUAACCUAAGGCUCAGAACUUGAAUUAGGCUAUGUCUUUGGAUUCAGUACGUAAGUUAUUGGAUUUGAUUUCUUUUGCAUCUUUGUCGUCCUUUCUUUUCUUCGUUAUGAUGAAUAAUGAUUCCUAGUUUAAUACAGGCUU